AUGGCCCUGGCGGGUCGCUGCGCCCGUCGGCUGCAUCUGCUGCUCUGUAGCGUUCUCGCGGGAGCGGCCAGGCCACCCCAGCAGGUUCCCGCGGGCUGCUCGGCCCCGCUCCUGAGCGCCUCCGGGCAGCGCGGGGUCCGUCCGACAGUCCCGACCAGGCCUCUAGUAACCAAGAAGGGCAAAGCUAAAGACAAAGGGCAGUCCCAAGCCAGAGUGACCGUCGAUGCUGCCUCAGUGGAGGAUGUCAUCAGUUUAGAGGAAGUCAAUGCAGAAAUGUUGUCGGUGAUGGAGGCUCUUAAGGAAGAUUUCAGCAAAAACCUCAGUAUCAGAACCUCGGCAGGGGCUCUUGAGCAUAUUAUCGUGACAACGAAAGAUGGAAAGUUUCCGCUCAACCAGCUUGGGCAGAUCUCGCAGAAAUCGCCUCAGCAUAUUAUAGUCAAUAUGAGUAGUUUUCCAGAGAGUACAGCUGCAGCUAUCAAGGCUAUAAAGGAGAGUAGAAUGAACCUGAACCCGGAAGUAGAUGGGCAAAUAAUUCAGGUGCCAGUUCCUAAGGUGACCAGGGAGUACAGGGAGAGCCUUGUCAAGCUGGCCAAGCAGCACACCAACAAGGCAAAGGACUCCCUCCGGUGGGUGCGGAGCAAUGCCAUGAGCUGUGUGAAGAAGGCCAAGAGCACGGUGUCUGAAGACACCAUCUGGCAGUUGGAGAAGCAGAUCCAGCAAAUGACUGACGAUACCGUGGCAGAGAUGGACAAGCUGCUGGCAGCCAAGACCAACGAGCUGCUUGUAUGAGCCAGCUGCAAGUGAGCAUGGGCUGGGCGCACUGAUGGGGACCUCUGUGCCAGGUCCAGCAGCCCAUGCAGCUGAUGGGACAGGUCAACUCAUGCCUCACGGACAGAUUCACAGCUUGAUUACUCAGCCGAUUGGCUCUUGACUAUAUUGGGUGGGUGAAGAGAGGAGCUCGGGCGUGCGUGAAGCACCUUGGCCUCUCUGAGGACAGAACAGGGCCGUGGCAGGGAAGUCUGGGGGGAAACGACAAAAUAAUGGCCCCUUUGCAGCACCCUCCACAGAGGCACACAGGAGACCAAGUGGCCUGUGCUGCUGUGGGCGAUGCCAGGUGGCAGGGACUGGCAUGAGUCAAACCAAAACUUCGGUGCCAUCCACAGGGCCCCUCAAUCCACAGCGGGAACUUUGCGGUGCAGCACAAGAAGCCUCCAGAAAGCCAAACUGCUCCCACAAGUCGCGGCUGCUGCGUGUCGCAGGCAUGUUCUUGGGGGCAGGACUCGGCCCUUCCAGCUGCAGCCUCUCUGCACUGGCAGGUCGUCCUUGCCGCCUGCCCUCCAGCAUCCCAGCAACUCUGGGGAAACCACUAGCUGCAGGUUAACCCUGCUCUUUGCACGGAGCCCCUCCAGCCAUCAGCCAAGCCCCCCAGACCCGGUAUGUUGUGCACAGACAGCACGGGGGGAUGCCACAGGUUCUUCCCAGGGCUCAGGCCACACCUGUGAGCAGUUCUUGGCUUUGUGUAUUUUGGCCCAGCACGUUUUGUUGUGAUGAAUGAAUAAAGGAGAGGCACAAACCCACAGUGGCUCCACAGCUGGCAAA